AUGUUUGGAGGUAAAAAGGAUGUUCAGACCCCACCCCUCCCCUCGGAAUUGGCCUCUACAAGCGACCAUCCGGUAUACGAACAUACAGAUGGCUCACGUAUCCUUCUUAAGCCGAAUAAUCUCUUUCACUCUAUGGACAAGUCGCCGUCUCCUUCGAUGCGUGAACGUGCAGCUGCAAUUAAGCGUACCGCAUAUUGCCCGCACCCUGAUCAUGCUAGCUCUCCACAGCAUGUGAAGUUCACUUGCUCUGACUGUGGUGUUCCCACUUACUGCUCAGAAGACCAUUGGGCUGCGGACUACGAAAACCAUAUUCUAAUCUGUGAUGCUCUGAGGGAAGCGAAUGAGGACGAUCAUGAUCUUCGCUCUGGCAGGUUCUUUCCCGAGUUUGAAUACCCGGGUGAGCAGAUGGAUGAAGCCCUCAUUAACUUCACAAACUGGGAUACAUUCCUCUAUACUCGCGACUUCAGAGCUGUCAAUGAUCCAAGAUCCCUUCGCCAGGUUACUAGGCUUCUAACAUACCCUAUUACAAUCGCAAGUUUCUUGCACGAACUUAGCCCCUACAACCUCCGCCACAGACUGACUAUUGAGGGCUUGAAGAGUGUAAGCGCUCUCCGCUACACCCUUCAUCCCCCCAAAACUGGUGGUGGAAAAGACAUGAAAGGGAUUCGAAUAACUCCACCACCUGUCCGAAUUUUCAUGCUCGGUGCCCGUGCCGAGUCCUCUCUUCCCAGAGAAGUCUGGCAUCAACUUACCCACAUGUUCCCUAUAUCUACCUUUCAUCUUGUUUUCAUUGGCCCUGAAUCGCUCGACGGUCGAUCCUCAGAACUCCCGGUCCCUGAUCGUACCGACUCCAAUCCAUUUGGGGCGAUCGUUGAACGUGUAUCCCAUAACAUGAAGAUCAGCACAUUUGUUGAGCACUACCAUACUCUUCACGCUACGGGAACCUUUGCGCCAUUUGACCCUUACUUUGAUUGCUUUGUACUUUUCCACCCGGGAUUGGGACAUCCUGGAAGUGCAGCCGAGUGGGAGAACACUUUACCGAAAUUGCUGGAGACUAAAUGCCCAGUUCUUGUAACAGGAUAUACAGAGAAUGAUAUGGAAAGGGAUGUGAAUUGGAUCAAUGAUAAGUGCAAAGGAGAGUUCGAUAUGCUGUUAGAGCCAGGGGAGAACCGGUUCAAGAGUUUGAGGUGGGAUAUUAAUGAUGCGGAUCCAACGGAUUUGAGCCAGGGUAACUGGGGCGUAUGGAGCUUUAGAGGAAAGAGAUACGAGGCUACUAGAAAGGAUGUAGAGGAAGUGUAG